GGCCCGCACCCGCCUCCAGCGGCAGAGGCCGAGGGCGGGCCGGGGCGGCGGUGCAGGAGGGCAAAGGGGCAGCGGCAGAGCGCGCUGGGCCGCCAUGGUGCUGGUGGUGGUGAUGGGCGUCAGCGGCUCAGGGAAGACCACGGUCGGGUCGCGGCUGGCAGAGAAGUUGGGAUGGAAAUUCUACGAUGCAGACGAUUAUCAUCCUCUAGAGAAUAAGAAGAAAAUGAAAGAAGGGAUACCACUAAAUGAUGAGGACAGGAUUCCCUGGCUUUGUGCACUGCAUGAUAUACUAAGGAGAGAAGACGCAUCUAGACAAGAUACAAUCCUGGCCUGUUCUGCACUGAAGAAGAUGUACAGGCGUGUGUUAAUUGGUGGAGCAUCUGCAAUUGAAAGCAACCAGCCAGAGCAACCAGGAGAAAACCCAGCACUGAAGAUCCUCUUCGUUCAUUUGGAUGGACCUAAGGACAUUAUUGCUGGCCGCCUGGAGAAGCGGAGAGGUCAUUUUAUGCCACUUGAACUUCUCCAGUCUCAGUUUGAUACUCUAGAGCCACCCAGUGCACCAGAAAACUUCAUUACUGUCAGUCUAGAAAAAUCUCUCCCAGAAAUACUGCUACAGAUUGAGAGCGCCAUUCUUCAGGGUGAGGCUUUGCCAGAGUAAUUUUCUGAAUGACACAUACAGAAAUUCCCUGAAGGACAGCAAGGCAAAGAGACAGAAUUUUAAUUAUUAAAUUGAUUAUUAAAUCAAACCAACUUAUUCUUAAGAGCUGGUUUACUACUUAUUUUUUUUAUCAUGACUCUGUAAAAGACAUUUAAAAUGUCUCUUACAUCUUUUGCAUAUAUAAGAUACAAGAACUGUUAACUUUUUAAGCCCUUCACUGUAUGAAGUUAAAAUUCUCCUUUUAGUAAGAGCCUGCUUUUGAAAAUCCUGGCAAGGGUGACACAGAAUAGUUUAUUUUCCUAAUUUUAAUAUUUACUCUGUCGGACACUGAGAUGGGCACAUCUGCUAUUACAAGAUUAAAUAAUUUAGAGCUUUGUUAAAAAUAACGUCAUUUCCUAGAGGAGGCAGGAACAUGCAUGAUGAAUGUCAUACAUUAUACUACCCGUCUCACUGCUGGAUUUGCAUUGAGUUGUAGGUUCUGUGUUUGUACUCUUGCUGACCUCACCAGAGCACUGAUCACUUCAUUAGAAUUUUUCUGAUCUCUUACUGUAUGUAUUGGACACCAAGCUGAAAAAUGUGAGAAAAAAAAAGUUGUGGUGGUGAUGCAGUAUACAAAAUUUAAUUGAAUGGAAAGCUUUAGAAAUAAAGUAUAAGUGACAUCAUACUGACUCUGAAGUUAGAGCUUUCAUGUACAAAGUGUACAUAUUGCAGUCAAGUGUGAGUCAACCAGUGAUUUAAGGUAGUGAAUGCAAGGUUGAUAGAUAUUUCCUUAUUUUUGAAAACUUACUCUUUUGCAGUUGGACCUUCUCCUUCACUUCCCAGUGCUGGUGGGCACCUCAGUGUAUGUCAAUGCAAUUGCUUUAAAGCUUUUGAUCACACUAUUCCUAAUAUGUAUUUUUCUCAUCUUUUUUGAUGCAGAUGAGAAGAAAAUUCCAAAUACCCAAUCAGUCACCUAGCUCACAGAAUUUAAGUUUAAAGUCCUUCUUUACCACCAAGGUGUUUUUCAAAAAGCAUUUCAUGUCCAGGCAGUUACCAGUUUUAGUCUACUACAGGGUGCUCUCACCUCAGAGCCAGGGUGCAAGGUGAAGACAUAGAGGCAAAGUUAAGUGCAAAAGACAGGGAUGUCUGUAUGCUUAAUACCCUCAAAUUUCAGAGACCCCUUCAGACCAAGUGACUUGUCAGAUCUGUACAAAUUUUGUAGCUAUGAAAAUCACAGACACAGCACCCUCUUGUGGCACCUCUGCUGUUAAUGAGGUCUUCAUCUUUUCCAAAACACCAUUUUACAGUUGACUAAUGUACCCAUUAUAAAAUACAGAUUUAUGCUUACUUCUUUCACACACAAUAAAGCCAAACCAGGACACUAUACAGCAGCUGCAUCCUGUCACACAGAGAUAUGAUCUGACCUUCAAAUAAUUUUUUUUUUAAUUUUGAGUUUUAAGAAGGCCAGACUGAUUUUCAGAUCUACCUGUCCACAUUUAUAGAAUACUAUCAAAGUGGCUUCACCACUUUCACCACCAACAAAAACUUGUAUUCAACAGUUAAAAAUAAUUCUUUUUCAGAGAGUUUUAUGUAAGCAGCUUGGAUUUUGGAAGACUUCUAAACAAAGUUUGUACUUACAGGCAGUUCAUGCUUCUUCAAAUUAGGUCAGGGUAUUUCUUAGUCUUUGCUUCUAUGUUGGGAAUAUUUCCUUCCCUUACCCUUUAAAUAUAUUUGCAUUUUGCUUUUACUUAAAAAAUACUGCAAAGAAGGUUGUUGUCAACGUAAUCGGUUGUCUGUUACCUGCUAUUCUGAAAAGACAACAAAGCAUUAUUUCUGUUCAGUUAUAUUCUGUGCAUUACAAAUUAAUAGAAUAAUAUGUGAAUUAUUGCAAUACUAACAACGUAAAACUACUUUCAGAUUGUAAUCAAGCUGUGCACGUGUGCAUUGGAAGAAAAAGGUAGCAGAACAAUCCCUACCCAAACACAAUUCUACAAUAUUUCAUUUACUUGAUUUUGGUUUCAUUUGUUUUUUUUUUGUUUGAGGGUGUAUUUUUUGGUUUUGUUGUUGUUGUUUUUAAACUAACACCACUAUUCCAGGGAUGUCAUAUUCAGGUUAGUUGGGCAGGCUAUUAAUAUUUAGCACAGCUUAUCUGGAUGCUGUGUGUGUAUUUUGAAAUGUAUUUAGGAAAUGCAACAAAAACUGAGGAGUGAACACCCGGAGUUAGAAAUUGCUUUCUCUGUCUCUAAGCACAAAUUAUUUAUGCAAGGUACAUGCACUAUGCAUCCUCACGAAUUUAUGCUAAGCACAGUUAGUAACAUGCUGUAUAAAUACCGUACCUACUACAGCACAAAGUAUAAACAUUUUUCAGUGCUAAAAUGAGGAAAUAAAAAUGAAAUGCAAUCUA